AAGUCUUUUUUCCGCUUGGGGGCAGAAUCACAGGAUCUGCAGCUUGGUGAAGCACAGUGUGUUUAACAAGGGGAGAAAGACGACUCUAAAAAGGAGCAAUCAUGCCGAUGUUUGUUGUGAGCACCAACGUGGCCAAAAGUGAUGUACCGACGGCUCUGUUGUCCGAGGCUACGGAUGAGCUGGCCAAAGCCAUGGGCAAACCUGUACAGUACAUUGCCGUGCAUAUUAACGCUGACCAAAUGAUGCUGUUUGGAGGAAAGGGAGACCCCUGUGCUCUCUGCUCCCUCCACAGUAUUGGUAAGAUCAGCGGUGCUCACAACAAGCAAUACUCCAAACUCCUGUGUGGACUGCUCAACAAACACCUGGGCAUCUCUCCUGACAGGAUUUACAUUAACUUUGUAGACAUGGAUGCAGCCAAUGUGGGCUGGAACAACAUCACCUUCGGCUGAAAUGGAGGUCAACACCCUGAAAUAGAAGAUCAUUCCAGUUUACGUCAUAUUUUCCUAUGUGUACAAGCAUAGUUAAGAUUGACAAAAAAAGACAGUAAAGACACCUGGUAAUUCAACAGUUAAUAUACUGUAUGACUGUCUCUAAAGCACUGAACCCUUUAGCUUUGCACUUAUUUUUUCCAUUAAAAUGCAAUAAAGCAAACCCUGCAAAUCAUAAA